UAUCCUUAUCAAGAAGAAUUCCUCCCACAACCAGAGGGACCAUCGGAGCUAGAGUUAGCCACGGAGGCAUUCACGGGCCAUUAGGCAGAGCCAUGCUACACUCCACGGCCAGAUCCAAAUUGUCAAUUGACGCUUCUCGUGGAGCAGUUUGUUCAGGACAUCGAGAGAUCCUUCCCCAAGAUGGACCUUAUAAUCAAAUCAAUGGCUCCUCCGGUUGUUCCUCGUGACCCUUCCUUUCUCCGUGAAAUGGAGGAGACUAUUCAGCACUCAACAAAGCAAACAGAGCGGGUUGAGCAAGUUUGUGCACAGCUUGAUAAAGAUCACCUUUCUGCUACCAUAGAAGAAGAUGAGGAGGAUGAAGGAGGCUACAAGGACAUUGUGGAGCAAACAGAAGUUGUCACGGAGAGCUCCCGUGAUGAUCAUGAUCAGGUUUUUCCUGUUGUAGCCGAGCACACCUUCCCACAUCCCACACCGAGCUUUGAAGAGGUGGGCAUGAGUGAGGAGAUGCAAGAUGAUCUCAUCGAAGAAAUUGCUUGGCGACUUGCUCUCCAAUCCGCGUUGGAAGAAGAAGAGCGAGAAAGGAUGCGAGAAGAAGUUGUGGAGGAUGACGAAAAUGAAGUAGAAGGAGUUCUUGAUCUUUUCCCAGGGUUGAUACCACAUUUUGUAUAAGGAAGAAGGGUUGAGGAAGCAAUUGGCAUCCAGUCUGAGGAAGAAGUUGAGGUGCAAGAGGCUUGAACCAGCCAUGAGUUACAUGUGAUAUCUCCAUCAAACUUUGAGGAGCUGGUUGGCAUGGACCCAUUUGCAGUGUCUCUUUGCCACACCAAAGCCACAUACAUCGGUCCCGCUUAGUGGACACAAUGGUGGUCAAUCGAUGCUUUCAUAUUUGGUUUGGGGCAAUGAGACGAGAGAAGAAGAGAAGAAGAGGUCUCGAGGGUGGAGACUUUAUCUGCAUCAAAUUCACGAGCCCACAUCACCUCCUACACCACAUGCUCGUGAAUUGAGGCUCCACCUCAUCGACGAGAACCUCAACUUUACGGAGGUUUUGGGGUGGAACGAAACUUAGGAGCCACCGUCAGGCUCAAGGCGUGAAAGAUGCGCUUGUUGGGAGGCAACCCAACUAGUCGAUAUGCAUUUCUUUCCCUAUAUCUCUUCGGUUGAGUCGGUUUUGUCUUUGAUUUUAGAGUCAAUAACUCAACCUUUGUGAGAUUUUGUGUGGUGUUUGUGUUCCGACCACUCUCACCUCCUGGAAUGCACCGCCUGCCCCGUCCGCCAUCAUUCACACUUGAUCUGGUAACUUCGUUCUAACCUCCUUUUCUUUCCUCCAUUGAGGACAAUGUCGUGUUUAAGUGUGGGGGUGUUCCAUUAUGUUUGUGUGUGAAUGUUUGGUUGUAUGUGUGUGCUUGGAGCCUAGUCCAUUGUCCAAAUUUUAUGAUUUGAGGGCUCUAAGUACGUGUUCCUUGAAAUUUCUUGCUCAGUAUGCUUUGAAUUGACAGUCUUUAUAGUGUUAUGCAACCUAGGGAGGUACUUGUAGCACUAUGGAAGAUGUUGAUGCAUUGAGAAGUCUCUUUUCUUCUUCAUAUUGUGUUGGUUGAUUGUGUGAAUUAGUGGUCUAAUGACACUUGAAUCAUGUGGUAUCGAUGACUCUCUCCCUGUUCAUGGGCUCUUGUAUCAAGUUUUGAAAAAGGUGCUCUAAAUUGUGCUUUUAAAAUAACGCCUCCCGUGUGGAAAUCGGUGAAAGUGUGUAAGGGGAGACAGGAAUUGUUCCCAACUUCCACAUACUAACUCCAGCCCCCUUACACACUAUUUCUCCCACACGAGCCUUGAGACAUCUGCUCCCGGCAUGGUCGGUAAGAGCCGCUCACAGCAUGGCUGGUAAGAGCUGGACUCCCUCAAAAUAUUGGCUUGGUGGGAGCCCGUUUUCUGAAAAAUAACUGGUUGGAAUCUUUGCAAAAAGAAAAAAAAAGAAAGGGGGUUCCAACCAUCUUCGAAGGAAAAUAAAACAGAGCACCUAAAAAGUUGAGUCCAUGAUUCCUUCUGUUUUUUAGAGUCUGUUUGUCCACGAAUCCCUUGUCCUCUGAUCACUACUUCGCAUGAUCCCGAAUCGGGACUAGAGUUCUCGCCGAAGAAGCUAGGGGGUAUCUUGUGCGUUGAUUAACCUCAUAAGCUGCUAAAUGAUCUAGGAAGUCCUCUACCGAUGAUCGGGGUUGCACGUUGCUAUGGAGGUAUGGAGAGUUGCAUUGGUUUGAGCCAGAUUUGCUUGGGGACAAGCAAACGGUUAAAUGUGGGGGGAUUUGAUGACUCGAUAUUUGCACAUGUUUUCCUCUUUAUUUAUUGAUCUGUUAACUUGGAAACUGAUCGUUCCUUGGCCUAUUUUAUGCUAGGUUAUGUUCCUUUGUCAUAUUUUAGGUUCUAGCACAUAAAGCGAAGCAUAGGCA